CGUCAUCUUGUACUCCCGGCUCUCCAGCUAUCCGUCUUCUCUAGGCACUGCCCUUCACCUCUUGCUCCCCCGCCUCCCCCCCUUUCAAUAGCACUAUCAACGCCACCAUAAUGGCUAUCGGCGAUGUCCCCUCUAGCCCCCAGCAGGCCACGGCGCCGCCUCAACCCAUCGACAUUGAUGCCUGGACUGAGCAAGCAACCGUUGCCCUGGGCUCUGUAGCCAUUUCCGUCCCUGGAGAUGCGCCUCAGACUGCCUCGGUUACGCUUGCCAUUCCGCUCGAUGAGCACGAUGCGCCCGCGGCUGCUGCACACCCUGUAGGUGCUUCAGCAGCCGCAAAAGAAGGCGGAUACUAUCAUCGCAAGGAGCCGCUUCGCCGCGACAGCAUGAAGCGGCGCGAGGCCCUGCUAAAGGGGAAAGAGGGCUCCAGGCGCAGGCAGAGAUGGGAGAAUGAUCGUCUCCUGAACAACCCCCACGCCGAACCCCCGCUUCCCAGAGACUGGGAAGUCCACCCAACCUACACCCCAAAACAUGUCCCUUACUACCUCGCCCCGCUCUGGGACCAAGGCCUAAACCGCCAAUCCACCGACCGCCGCUCCGCCGCCCUCGCCCAAAAAGCCUCUCAGAAAACCAUCGUUACAAACCCGUCUGCUCCAGGUAUCGUCCCCAAGGAACUCCGCGACAAACUCAAGCGCUCCCGCGGCGCUAAGGGGCUUCUGAUGGAUCUCGAGGGUCAAGUCAGGGGUUUCGUGGCGGAGUGGCAUGAGAAGGAGCGGGAAGCCGCGCAGUUGGGUGUCCCGACUGACCCCGACAGUGAGGACGAUGAGAUUGUUUUUGUGGGGCGGAAUGGGCAUAUGAAUGAUGUUUCUCCCUCUUCGUCGGCGGUGCUUCCCGCCAAGAAGGAGCUUAUGCUUUUUGAUACCCCCGAGGAAGAUGUUGGGGGGUGUUUUGGAAGGUGGCUAGUGCAUCAUAUUGGGGUUUAUUAUGGGUUGAGGACUUGGAGUGUUACGGUGGGGAAUCCGGCGAGGAGGGAGGCGUAUAUUGGGGUCAAGAAGGGGGUGGAGGGGGGGUUGCCUAGGCCGUUGUAUGGAUUGGUGUAGGUGUCAUGUGCAUGGUGAGUAGAAAGGGUGUAUAUAUGGUUCCAGUGGAUUAGUAGGCAUGUUUUGUACAUGGUAGAAGCGCAUAUUCCACUCUUUGUUCGGUUCAAGACUACACAGUAAGUAUUGUAAAGACUUGGA